ACCUCGAAUUUUUCCUGCUUCUUCCAACGCUAAUGUUUAAUUUCGAUGUCCUCCACUCAUUGGAUCAAUUGGAACCAAUCACUCAUUGGAACCAAUGGAUUUUUAUUUAUUCAGAUUCAAGUUCUGUAGUUUAGAUUUUUAUUAUGACUUUUCAACCAUAUCUUGCUGAAUUUUUUAAACCAUAUAGUUUGAAGGACGGAGAAGGACAUCAUCCCACAAUCCCGGAAAUAUAAUCCUGUUCCCCCAGGAAUUUGAGGAACGCGGGUGAAGCGGGAAGCGGGUGGACAAAAGCUAGUAUAUAAUAUGAUUAAAGCUAUAGUCAAAACAUCAAAGGCUCACUUCUCUCUUUUCAAUAUUUUAUGGUGCUACGAUAUCCCUAUUCGCGAAACCAGUCAGUUUCGUAGCGGCUACGGCGUAGACCGCACGUAGACGUGCUACAACAUCCCACUCGGCACGGAACGGACACGUUGCCUUUUCUGAUGUUAUUCUUUAAUUAAGACAUUUCGAAUUUAGAAUUGUAAAAUAACUAUUUGUGAUUUUUGUGGCCAGUUUUGUGACUUCGAGAUGGAGGGCCGGUCCAGGGUCCAGCAGAACGACUUGCUGCUGCACGAAGCGGUUAUUAAAAACGAGCCCGCAGCCGUUAGAGAGGCCUUGCAGAGGCCUACCGAUGUCAAUUGCAGGAAUAACUACGGCAGGGCGCCGAUCCACUGGGCUGCCAGCCGCGGCAACGUGGAGAUUAUAAAACUGCUCAUCGAAGCCAAGUGCGACAUAGAAGCUGCUGAUAAGUUUGGAAUGCGACCGUUGCUGAUGGCGGCAUGGCACGGACAUCUGGAAGCUGUGAAGACGCUGGUCGCUGCGGGCGCUUGCUUGGCAGCUACUAACAAAAAACACAACGACCUCCUUCAGUGUGCUUGUUCUCGGGGAUCACUGGACGUGGCUUCCUAUGCUAUAGACUUGGGAGCCAAUGUGCAGAGUACUGAUGCGGCUGGCGACACACCUCUAGCGUUAGCAUCCCGCGCUGGUCAUGCUACCCUGGUAGAUCUGCUCCUGGACAAGGGGGGCUACAUAGAUGCUGUUAAUAAGGUGGGCCGCACAGCCCUGCACGUAGCGUGCGAAGGGGGACACUGCUCGGCCGCCUCGCUGCUGGUCGCCCGGGGCGCAGCGAGGGAAGCCCGCGACAGCUCGGGGCGCACGCCGCUCCAUCUGGCCGCAGUCCAUCGUCACACCGAGCUGGUCUCCUUGCUGCUGCAAUGCCAGUGCUUCGUCGAUGCCGUGGAUAACAACGGAGUGACAGCCCUACAAAUGGCGUGCGCGCAGGGCUGUCGAGGCAUCGUGGAGCACCUGUUGGCUGCUGGAGCUAACGUACACUUGCAGAACAAUGUGGGAUCAUCGGCGCUUCACGCAGCUUGUGCAGCAGACGCUACGGACAUCGUGGAGCUGCUGUUGGCGAGGGGGGCUGACCCCGCUCUGACUGACCAGUGGUCUCAAUCACCAAUGAGCGUGGCCGGAGGAGCAGCUGAGUGUCCACCGGAGGGCUUCCGACGCGCCGCUCGCGGCUCCUUCUCAGCCAUACUAGAUCUGUUGACGGCCACAACCAACCUGGAUCCACGCCAGGAGCACUCAGACGGCUCCACAACCCCGCGGGCGGACGAUAAGUCUGGGGGACAUUCUCCUGCUGCUAGCGAAGGCAUGGAGCACGAUAGUGAGCGGUGAUGGUCGGCUACCACUCUGCUUGACAGACUGGCACAGCGAGGGUUUGCUGCAGACACGCGGCUGGCACUUCCUCCCACAGGCUGCGCCCGUUACCGCGAACUGUGCUAUCGCGCUGCGCACGCGAACCUUCCUGAAGACGAGAGGCCCCGUCCGUGCGACUGCGCCAAUUGCGUCGCACGUAGGACCUCUUCUACAGAUCCCUGAAAUUUGCUCCAAGUCCGCCCCACCACCUCGCUAACGAGGCCCAUACCGGCCCUACCUAGUGAAUGGACGCGGAGAAAAACGCACGAAUAAACAGUCAACUACUAAUUGUCUGGUUAUCCGCACAUUCCCUUGCAUCAUAUGCAUAGACCUCUAUCAUGCUAAUUUGCUAUGAUUUUGAGUAGAUUGAUGUUAUGAGGGCUAAAUAAUAACAUGAAAUUUAGCAAAAUUGUUAAUUUCUAUUUCUCGUUAUUGAUUAGUUGCAUCCCAAGCUGCCUUUAAGUGACGAACUGUGUGCUAGAUAUCUAUCAUUUUUUCGUCACCAACGGUAUAUUGUACAAUAUACAUAUUAUAUAUUCUAGAUGAAGCACGGGUCCGGACACGUAAGUAUUGUCGUUUACUUUCGGCAAGAUUUACAGCAAUGCCCGCGAUGAUGCUACUAUUGAAGUGACUUCGCUUCACAAUUUUGAAAGCAUAUUUUAAUAUUUCACGGCUUUUUGUGAAUUUACGAUAUUUCUAUACUUAUUCGAUACUCAACCACAUAUUCCUAUUGAUCAAUCUGUCGUUCUACUACGAGUACCAUAUUUCCUAGUCUUCCCCUUCCUAAGUACCUACUAUGUUUGUUUAAUUAUGCCUGUGGCCUUUUCUCUACUAAUCGAGGAACAAUUUGGUCAAUUUUAUAUGUAUACCUUCCAAUUUACACCCUAUCCUAGUGCCUUACCCUAUGAUGUUUUUGACCAUCUUGCAAAUGUACAAUCUUAUCACUUUUCUAGUUGUAAUGCACUUUAUGAAUUAACGAUAUAAUGUGCACAUCCGAAUCGCUUUUGUAAUUAAGAAACGAAUAUGUAUAUACGCAAUGCGUAAUUAUUUCUGUCCAUUGAUUAGAUACUAACUUCGAUCAGUAAUAAGAAAAUUAAUCAUGUAUUUAGAUGAGUGUCCUAUGUAAACGGCAAUGUAUGUACAGGUGUAUCUGACUAUACUAACUAAUAUUACCUAUAAAUACGAAAGUAAGUUUGUUUGUUUUAAAGUACGGAGAAGGACAUGAGGGUACCUUUCAUCCCGAAAAAUAAAUGUUACUUUUUAAUGUUGUUGUGAUUUUUCUAAAUGUAAUAGGUACAUAUUAAGAUCAUUGUGAUUGAAAGUGGCUGUUUUAGACCCGUCUUAGCGUUAGCUUCAAUACAACAGAGAAUACAACCUGGUUAUAUUCUCCUGGUUAGCAUACAUAAUUGGUUCUUUCUUUUGGUUAGUUUUAGUGUAAAGAAAUAUACACCAGAUAAAAAUGUUCUAUAGUGCUGUCAAUUUUUAGUUAUUCAUACAUGGAUACGUGCUGUUAAUUUUUAGUUAUUCAUACAUGGAUACUUAUACCUGGGUUACUGGAUCUAACGCAUAACCUUCCAAAGGUGCAUAAGGAACAGAGACUAACAUCUUUUGUCGUAAAAAACGUAAUAAAUAUAUUAAAAAAUCCUCUUUUUAGUUUUAAUGUCGUUUCUAUAAAACGUUAGGUACCUCUAUUUUCGAUUCCUACAUCGCUACUGUACUGUCUCGUGUUGCUUGACAUAAGAGUUAAGAUAUGUAGACCCCAAAUUAGAUUGUCUUUUGUUUAUAUGAAAAGAAAGACUUUGUAUCACGAAAAGUAGAAUAGAAUAGAAUAAAAAUUGAUUGUUUUGAUGUACCAAGUCUUUAGGUUUUGCGUUUGAUACCUGUAACCCUGUAUAUGAUGUAAAUUAAUAUAUUUUUAUUAUUUCCUCAUUAGCAUAAUACGAAAAUAGAAGAUCCUCAAAAUAGCAGAUUAUCAAUAUAGUCAAAUAUCGUUAUUUUUAGUUGAUAUAAUAUACAUACUAUACGUUCAACUGAAAACACAGGUACUCUUUUGCUUUUGACCAGUCAUGUAAAACAAUUAUUUUGAUACUGCUCCUAUUCUUUACUACGAUACUUUUGCCAUGAAACUUGUGAAAAAUAUUCAGCUCUAUUCAUUCCUUUAUUUCAGAGGGGCUGUAGUAAAACUUUUGUAUGAGAUGAUAUUAUCAAUCUAAUUCUUAUUAUUGAUUGAAGGAUACUAAGAAUAGAUAUAAGCUAAAAUAAAUAAUGUUAAAAAAUAUCUUUACACAAUUUAUUUUGAAGAUUAUUUACUACAUAAGAAUUUUCCGUAAACACUAAUUUAUCAUAAGAACACGACUUUAUUUUUAAUAACAUAAAAUCUAAGCCAAAAUAGAUUACUUAGAAAUAAUGUGUAGGCAGUAGGUAAAAAUUACUUCUAUGCUCCAGAGAUAUUGCUAUGCUAAAAUAUUAUAAUUCAAAAUUCCGUGUUAAAUAGUAAACCGUCUUAAUUUUAAUGCCUAAUGUUAAAAAUAAGAUUAUGUCUAAGGUAUUUUCUAAAUUAAAAUUGUCCGAGCUAAAGCGAGCACCUGUCUCUCUGUAUCAAUUUAAUAUCAUUAAGAACAAUAUUAUAAUGACUGUACAUUAAAUUCUAUUUUAUAUUACAUAUAAGUAUAAAUAUUAAUUUUAAUAUACAAUAAUU